GCCUGCCUACGCUUCACGCCGCCCCGAGAGCGCGCCGCCACGGGGUUCGCGAGAGACGGAAGCCUCGGUGCGCUCGCGCGUUCGGUCCCGCCGUCCCCCCACGGCCCACAGCCCCGGCCCUCGAAAGUUCCGGCGUCUCCCGAGGCGGCCGUCCCGGCUCUGGGUUCUCCUCCUCGCUGCCCGCCCCUUGCCGUCCCGGUCCGGGGCGGGGCGAGAAGAGGCGCAGGCGCCGUGAGUGCUCGGGGCUGUUUCCGUGGGAACGGCCUCGGGCGCCCGCAGCAGCGUGCAGGCGCGCCGGGUUGUCAGCCUCCACCUCCAAGCCCAGGUAUUUGGAUUCGGGCCGCCUUGCGGAGAGUUCACCCCGUGGUCACCCUGCGGGACUGUGACCGUGGCCUUUCUGCAGCGCCAGCUCCGCCCGGCCUCCACGUCCAGAGGAUGAGAGAGAGAGAAUCAACAAUGAUGAGAAAGAAUCAUCCAUCAACUGCCGCCUGCAUGCCCUCUACUGGAGAUCAAGGCCAAAACCCAGGAAGUCAUUAUGUGACUAACACAUUUUCAGAUUUCCUCUCGUUUACCCUGAAGUGUAUAUGAGAAUGACGUGCACUGCCAAGAAAUGUGGAAUUAGGCUUCAGCCUCCAGCUAUUAUCCUAAUCUAUGAGAAUGAAAUGAAAGGGAAAAGUCGCCAGCGUAUCAUGCCUGUCCGAAAUUUUUCAAAGUUUUCAGAUUGCAACAGAGCUGCUGAACAAUUAAAGAAUAAUCCACGACACAAGAGUUACCUGGAACAAGUGUCCCUGAGACAGCUUGAGAAAUUAUUCUGUUUUUUACGAGGUAACUUGCGGGGGCAGAGUUUGGCAGAAACAAUGGAACAGAUUCAGCGGGAAACAACCAUUGAUCCUGAGGAAGACCUGAACAAGCUAGAUGACAAGGAACUUGCCAAAAGGAAGAGCAUCAUGGAUGAACUUUUUGAGAAAAAUCAGAAGAAGAAGGAUGAUCCAAAUUUUGUUUAUGACAUAGAAGUUGAGUUCCCACAGGAUGAACAACUGCAGUCCUGUGGCUGGGACACAGAGUCAGCUGACGAGUUCUGAUAUCAAAAACAAAAAUUUAUUGGGCUAGCAGAAACUCCAUGUUCAUACAGAGAAUGUAGAUUAGUCCUAGAAAAAUCUGUAAAGAACACUAAAUGUACACAUCAGGUCAUAUUUGGAUUGACCGUGUUACGUUUCAAAAACAGGACAUGUAGGUGCAUUGACCCAUACACAAAAAAGGGCUUCGGGUGUGAUUCCUGGUCAGGGCAUGUACUUAGGUUGCUGCUUUGAUCCCCGAUUGGGGCACAUACAGGAGGCAACCGAUUGAUGUUAGAGUCUCUCUCACAUCAAUGUUUCCUCUCCUCUCCUCUCCUCUCUCUAAACAUAUCCUUGGGUGAAGAUUAAAAAAUUGUUUUUUCAUUGAGGCACAGUAAGGAAAUUAUAGUUUGAUAAGAUUGGAGGGCAUAUACAGUUACUAGGGGAUUAUCCUGUAUGCAUUAUGUCUUUACUUGUAUUUAACUCUGUUUUAUAAGUAUUUAAUUCUAAAGUAGAGUGCCCCUGCACAAUGUGCUGCAGCUACAGUUCAUGUCAUUUGACGGACAACAGGAGAAUUCUGCCCCUCAGAUAUCAGGAAAUAUACACCAAAGACAUUCUGAAACCCUGAACCUUUUCCCAUAAAAAAGAGGUUUGUUUGUAAAAUGGGGACUCUACCCAUAAUAAAUGAACAAUAGGUACUGCCAGUUUAGGCCUAUUCAUGAAUUUGGAUCUACAAAGAGGAAAUUUUUGUUGACAAGGUUAUAUGUAUACAGAUAAUCUUUCUUAUUAUUUAAUUGGUAGAAAUCCUGUGUUUUCUGCAAGGAACUUAAUACUCAUUAAAUAAAACUGUAAAAAUUGUU